ACGCACGUUGAAAAAGAAAAGAGAACACAAUCGUAUCUUGCGCGUUAGUUGGAUCGACGUUCGUUAGAUUCAAGAUCGAAUCGACCAUCGACAAUUUCCAGUUCGCCAAAUCACUCGCAAAUGUUCGCGCUAUAAAGCGAGAACGAGCGAGAAUCUACGUUUGGUGCAUUGGUGGACUAAAAAGUUCGGCCGAGAGAGCACAGUUCGUGAGAGAAGAAACGUACGAGAGAGCAAAGUCGUGUCAACGAACGCACCGCGUCAUCCUCUCUAACCCUCCGGCACCGACAUCUAUCGUGGUACCUCGUAUUUUUUUCCGACCUUGUCACCUCGCAGGCUUUUUGCGCGACCAAGUCGAUUACAUUUCGGAUCGGUUCGUAUCCCCCGUCGACGUCUCGAGCUAUCCCGCUCUCUCGUGCCCGCUCGUCCCUUCGUGGGCUCCGCUCGUCCUGCUCUAGGUUAGCCAGUGAAUCAUCUUCAACGACCCCCUCCUCUGGGAUCCGGGCAGAAGACUCUUAAGGGGCCCCACAGCGCAGCGCGAGGCCAGUCCGAGAACGCGACCCUAACACUAACAUCCGGUGUAUUCCGAGAGUCGGAAACGGAAACGGCUGCUUGAUCGAUUAAUCGACACACGCCACCAUGAAGAUCGCUCUACUGUUGCUGCUCGUCGCGGCCUUCGCCUCAGCUCAAAGGAUCACAACGAUCCAGUUAGACGGUGUGCAAUACUUCGUGUCAAGGAUGAAUCCCUACAGUCCCGAACUGAAUUACUUCUUGGCCUACCAGUACUGUCGUUCAUUGGGCUUACAGUUGGCCUCUUUCGAGACUAAGGAAAAAGCCGAUACGAUGACGCAGUACUUGAAAAACGCCGGCUACGUUAAAUACGACUUCUGGACAUCCGGCAACAAGUUGGGCACGGAUAUGUUCCUCUGGAUGAGCACAGGUCUUCCGUUCAAUGCCACCUUCGACUACAUGUUGAGGCGACCUGGCAACAGACCCGCUGACGUUCCACCCGGCACCGAACCUCAACGAGUGGCACGCGAAAGCGGUGACAGCGGCAGCGCGGACGGAUGCGUGGCGAUGGCAGCGCCUACGUUAGCAUGGGAGGCCCAGGACUGCACCUUGGUUAAGGACUUCAUCUGCGAGCAAACAAGAUGCUACUACUACAACUACGGCAGCAUUCCAGUCUCUGCGAAUCAGGGAAAUCGCAGACCCUACAUAACAACCACCUCGGCGCCAGCCAGCGACGACCAGGUCGACGAGCAUGAGGAAAGUAACGCCAGCAAGAACGACGAGCAGAACGAGAGCAGCAUCGACGAGAAGUUAACACCGGAAGAAGAGAGCUCUGUCGACGAGAAAUUACCUGAAGACCCGGUCGUUAGCAGGCUGAUUACCACGGCCGUUCCCGCGUCUGACAAGCAACAGCAACCCGCCUUAUCACCGUCCACGUCUUCGCCAGUAAUCACCGAGGAUCACGAACAACCUACCAACGCUGAACUGGACAACACCAGACCAGAUCAUCUUCCUGACAUCGCGAGCCUGUUUACCGACACUCCAGGUCCACAGGCCAGAAAAGACAGCGUAUUCGAUGGUCUUAAGACUCGCGAAGUUCAUCGUUCCUCUUUACGUUCGGCCUCCGACAUGAAAGUCGAACAUCGAGAGUCACCGGAUUAUUUCGAGACGCAUAGCGAGACCGAGUCGCCAAAUAACGGUUUAGAAGACGCACACACGGUCGGUCCAUACGACAGCGUCCAAGAUUACUACGUGAACGACCAACCAGAGGCGGCUGAAUCGUCGAUGAUGAAGGAUCAAGACGACGACAGCAGCACGAUCCUGCCAGAGGCGGAACCGGCCUACAGGUACAACAUCAAAGUGCGCACCAACGGCAAAGUAUUAGACCCUCCGUCCAAGUAACGCUUUACAAUUUAGGCAUCGUCGCGUUGUUCGUUAAUAAGUGAAGAGCAUAGGAGAUUCUCGAGGAACUAGAUGUAUUAAUAUGUACGUUAUUUUAAUGUUUAUACAGCGGAUAUCAGGCACGCGUACACGCGUGCGAUCGAGCGAUCCCAUCGCGAUCACGAUGGGGCCGGUCGUUGCCAUUCAUCGCUCAUCCAUUCGUUCUGAUUUCAAUGAAAUUUCCGGUUAGCGCUCGUCGGAUUCUUUCACGCCGUUCGCAAUCGUCGGGGUCUUUAGAUCGACAGAAGGAAAACUUUCGAAAUCAGGUUUCGUCUUUAAAGGAGAUGUCUCGAUACCGAACGAUGUUUCAAGAAUGUUCGAUUUGAUUUGAAAUUUAAACUAAGUUAAUUAACGGUUAAUUUGCUCGAAUACAUACGUAAAUUUUGAAGCGAGUCUUUUCCUUCUGGCGUCGAUCUCCGACGAUAGCCGACAUCGUUCUCGCAAGGGCAUUCAUUCCACCAUUUCAAUUCGAUCCUUAAUCAGUGGCACCGGCGGACAUAUUGCAUCCGCGUGACAGGAUCGGUCGCGCUCGAUUCUUCUCUAUCUCUUCGGCAGUCUCUUUUUAUCGGAUCACGUAUCCAUUUAGCGCUAUUCGACUCGUAGACAUGGUAGAUGAUAAUAAACACGAACGUGAGGACUCAUCUGCGUGGGAUCUCAGGCAUUAAGCUGGUACAGGAGGAAACGCACGGUGAACUACAUUAUCGUUGUUCUUAAGGCUAACCGAAUCAUCAUUGGUGUAGGGUUGGGAGUCCGCCCGUGCCACGAAUCUUCAUGCAUAUCGAUGUGUAAUCAUCUUAGUUAACGUUAUUCGUACGUCUGCAAGAUGAAACGUUUCGUAGCCGAUCGGUUUGACCCGGAUUUUCUCCUUGAUAACGGUUCGAACGUCGAUCUUAACCGUAAUUUCAACGUUUGAACUGAUAUUAGAGUAUUCAGGGUCUCGAAGGAUGCUAAAUGGAAAAUGGUUACUCGAGGAACACGUACGAAUCGCAACGUUUCGGUCAUCCAGACAUAUGACAAUCGGCAUACGCGUAGAUCAACAUUCACGAGAUGAUUUUUCUUACUGCUACGAUAGGUCAUCGACGCAUGGAUCUUGAAUAUCAUUGCGUAAACACGGCGCGAAUGUGCAACUUGUGUAAUUGAAUAUUAAUAAAGGUACGAAACACA